AUGGAAGCCAACUCCUCCAUCCCUCUGAAUGGAUCAGAAGUGGUGUUUUAUGAUUCUACCACCUCUACAGUUCUGUGGAUCCUCUCAGUGGUAGUCCUCUCCAUAACCUUUGUCCUUGGUGUGCUAGGUAAUGGGCUUGUGAUUCAGGUGACUGGGUUCUGAAUGGUACACACUGUUACUACCAUCUGUUAUCUGAACCUGGCUUUGGGUGACUUCUCUUUCAUGGCUACUUUACCAAUACAUAUCAUCUCAAUGGUCAUGAAAGGAAAAUGGCUUUUUGGAUGGUCCCUUUGAAAAUUUGCUCACAGCAUUGUACAUAUAAACCUUUUUGCAAGUGUUUUUCUGAUCACUCUCAUUGCCAUGGACCGUUGUACUUGUGUCCUGCACCCAGUAUGGGCUCAAAAUCACAGAACUGUGGGUCUAGCGAUUCUUUCUCUGCUGCUUACUUUGCCACAUUUUCUCUUCUUGACUACAGUGAGAGAUCCAAGAGGUGAAGUGCAUUGUACAUGUAACUUUGAAUCGGUGGUUGCAAACCCUGAGGAGCAGUUAAAGGUGUCAAUUAUUGUGAGCACAGCUAUAGGAAUCAUAAGUUUUAUUAUUGGAUUCAGCCUACCCAUGUCCUUCAUUGCCAUUUGCUAUGGUCUCAUGGCUGUCAAGAUUUGCAGAAAAGAUUUUCUGAAUUCCAGCCGCCCCUUACGUGUUCUCAGUGCUGUAGCAAUUUCCUUCUUUAUGUGUUGGUUCCCUUUUCAACUGAUUAUUCUUUUAGGUAAUAUCUGGAAUAAGGAGACACCGAAUAGCAUUCACAUAUUGCUGAACCCAGCAAGCACACUGGCCUCCUUCAACAGCUGUCUCAACCCAAUACUUUAUGUCUUCCUUGGUCAAUUUAGGGAGAAACUGAUACAUUCCCUGUCAGCCAGUCUGGAGAGGGCCCUGCAAGAAGACUCAGUCCUGAACACUGGCAAAAGCAGCAAUUUUUCUUCAUGUCCUGCAGAUUCUGAACUAUAG